CCGUACAGUACAUCGAAUUUACAUGUGAGCAGAAUUCCCCAAUGCGAGUAGCAGUACUGUGAUCGUAUUCCUCUUAUUGUAACACUUUAUCGCCAUAAAGGACAAUGGCUAGUACUUUGGAGGCUCUUAAGAAAAAGAGAGAAGAUUUGAAGGCCAAGUUGAUGCGAAGGAAGGAAAUUACAACAGGAAUAACUGAGAACAAACCAGUUUCACUCAAGUUGGAAGUAUCAAGUUCACCUAUUCCACCUGAUACCAGUGUGCCUGUACAGAGUACUAGUAUCUCAUCAGUACAAACAGGAAUAAAACAAGAAGAUGGAUCAGCUCCAGUUCCUAUUCCCAAGAGUACUGUACCUGCAGGAAGUCAAGGUAUCUCUGAUGGGACUGAAUCCAGGAAAAGAAAGAGAGAAGAAUCUGAUUCAGAUCAGGAUAUUGGACCUGCUUCUACUGCCAAACAGUCAGCUGUAAAAUCAGAAAAAGAAGAUGAGGUUAUUGACUUAACUCUAGAGAACCUUCUUACCUCAACAUCAUUUAAAGAACAAGAGAGUAAAGAAAUGGGACAGGAGAUACAUGAUUUAUUGAGUAUGCCAACAGCUAAAGAGAAAUCAAUUAAGGAGGCCUUUAAGUCAAAAGGAGGUACUGUUCAUGAAUUCUGUUCACAUGGUACAAGAGAUGAAUGCAUAAAAGUCUCUGGAGCAUCAAACUGUAAUAAGCUUCAUUUUAGGAGAAUAAUAAACAAGCACACUGACGAAUCCCUUGGAGACUGUUCGUUCCUGAAUACCUGUUUUCACAUGGACACUUGCAAAUAUGUACAUUAUGAAGUUGAAGAAGCUAGUAAGAGUGGUGAGGAAGAGAAAGGUUCUGGUCCAGUAGCUCUACAAAGAAUGAACAGUAAACUUGGUGCAAGUGUCAUGACGCCCCCGCAGUGGAUUCAGUGUGACCUGAGGAGCAUGGAUUUUGAAGUACUUGGAAAGUUCUCUGUGAUCAUGGCUGAUCCACCGUGGGAUAUCCACAUGGAAUUACCCUACGGAACUAUGCAAGAUGACGAGAUGAGAAAACUCAAUGUACCCAUAAUGCAAGAUGAAGGCUUUCUCUUCCUCUGGGUCACAGGAAGAGCUAUGGAGCUAGGUAGAGAGUGUUUACAGCUCUGGGGAUACAAGCAAGUAGAAGAAUUGAUCUGGGUCAAGACUAAUCAACUCCAGCGAUUGAUCAGGACGGGUCGUACUGGACAUUGGCUCAACCAUGGCAAGGAACAUUGUUUGUGUGGAGUGAAAGGUAAUCCGGAUAACUUCAACAAAGGUCUUGAUUGUGAUGUCAUCGUUGCCGAGGUCCGUCAGACGAGUCACAAGCCAGAUGAGAUCUACGGUCUGAUAGAGAGGCUUUCACCGGGUACUAGGAAAAUUGAACUCUUUGGCAGAAUGCACAAUAUACAACCAAACUGGGUGACGUUGGGGAACCAACUGGAUGGCGUACACCUGGUGGAACCAGAAACCAUCAGAAGAUAUCAAGAGAAAUACCCGGACAAUAAUGCUCUGAAAGCACCCCAGAAAUGACCUCAGACUUAGUUCCCAGUCUCCCUGAGACAUUCGCCAUCACAUGAAAACCUCAAGGAGUGUGUUUCCAAUCAGAGCUACUCUAGGAAACACAUUGGAUCGUUCCCAAGAGAGGUUAUAUUCCAGGAGAUUGUGGAGAUCUGGGUGGGUCAGGAUGAUGCCAGUGUCAGCUCCCAACCUGUGAUUGGUUUCCUCAACUCCUGUUCCCUCCCUUGAGGUCUAUCUUCUUUCAAGAGAAGCCUAUUGCGAUGUAGAUGAUGAAGAUCUGUGCCCUUCAGAACGGCACCAGAAUCCACUGCCAGCCUGUUAGCAUCAUCCGAUCCUUGCAAGCUCUCUUUCAUUUUAGACUGAAACUAUAAGAGAUUUGUCAAGAUGCUGCAUGUACAUUACGUUGCAGACAACCACGGCUGUUUCCUCUAUACUAUCUUGUCAUUGACUGGAUUGUUCAAGAGGAUGUUUUCCAGACGUCUCUCCUAUUAGUGUGUUACUCUUACUGAAGCCAUGGACCUCUGAUGGUCUAAGAAAUGAUCCAAAAUUCCCUUCAAAUUGAUAACCAAAGUCAAAGACUGUAUAUAAUAUAAUUUUCUUGCCUUACUCUUAUAAAAGGAAACUAGAAUUUGAAAUGUAUCUUUCGUUUAAAAGAAUCAACUGUGUCUGUCAUUUGCAUUGUCAUUAAUGCAUGACGAAGCUAAUGUUUCACAUAGAUUUAAGUGUGACUUAGAGUUGCACUUAAAUUCCCAGUUGUGCAUGCUACUGCAAAUUAAUUCAAAAGAUCACACAUUAAACAUCAUGUACAUGUCAGUAUUUAAACAAGGCUUUUUGUCCCGCUUAUCUCUUUGUGGAACAACCCCCCCCCCCCCCCGAUGGUCAACCAGUCAUAUCGCUUUGCAUAGCAAGUGCUUUGGUAUGGAUAUUUCCUGGAAAAGGAAAUUGAUAUGUAAAGGCCACCGCACACCUUACAACCCGACUGGAUGGCGACUGGCUUGCGACUGAGUGAGGAGAGAUGUAACGUCACAUCUCUUGUCAGCUUGAGCGUCGCAGACAGGUCAGAGACAAGUCGCAAGGAAAAUCAUAAGGAUUUGACACGUCGAAUCAAUAUGACUGAAUCGCAAGCUCAAUCCAACUUCCAGCCAAUCAGAUAGCAGAGUUGCAUGACGCGUAUAUGAUAAACAACGCGCAUACGCAGUAGUAAGCACAUUUUCUCAGUUGCUAUGG